UGCGGAAGCUCGUUCACGCUGCGACAGAAAACAUGGCCGCGCUCUUGAGAUCAGCCCGGUUACUUAAGUACAAGCCUUCAUGCUUACUCCAGAUCACAGGGACAAAAAGUAACGGCGUGUCCACGGGUCGAUUGUACAGCGGAGUCUUUGGCAGCAGAAACCUGGGAGUGUGUCCUCGUCAGCUCUGUCCCGCCUCAGGAAAUGUGCCCAGACGUUUUUUACCAUUCACGUCUGGGCUGGUGCGUAGUUAUGCAGUCGCCACAGAGAGGAAAGAAGAGGCGAGUCCAGCUGUGCGCUCGAAGCAAACGCAGCAGUUUGACUGGGCUUUGAGCAAGUUGGACAGCUCUGUGAGACGGACCGGUCGCGUCACUAAAACACUGCUCCUCCGCAUCUUCCAUGACAUCUGCAGAACAGGUUAUCCCAGUGGUAAUCAAGCUUUAUUGUUACUCCGGAGCUGCGGAUCCCUGCUACCAGAAGUUCCACCUAAGGACCGCACGGAGUUGGCUCACCACAUCUGGGAGAAAUUACGGGAGCUGGGCGCUCAGUACGACGUCAGCCAUUACAACGCCCUACUCAAAGUUUACCUGCAGAAUGAGUCAAAAUUUUCUCCUAUGGACUUUUUGGCAAAGAUGGAGGCAGAAAACACCAGUCCCAAUAGAGUAACGUAUCAGAGACUCAUUGCUGCGUAUUGUCAAAAUGGAGACAUUGAAGGAGCCAGUACAAUAUUAGGAUUCAUGAAGAGCAAAGAUUUGCCGAUCACAGAGGCGGUCUUCAAUUCUCUGGUCACGGGUCACGCUCGUGCAGGUGACAUUGAGAGCGCCAAAAACAUCCUAACCGUCAUGCGAAAUGCUGGGAUCGAACCGGGACCUGAGACUUAUGUGUCACUUCUGAAUGCCUACGCACAAAACGGAGACAUGGAGAGUUUGAAAGAGACCAUGGACGAAGCAGAAAAGGCAGAUUGCAGUUUGAUGGACAGAGACCUCAUGCAAGUUAUUUUCACUCUGGCAAAGGCUGGACACCAUCAGCACACCCCAGAAAUGAUAGAACGCAUGAGGCACGAGCGGGGCUACAUCCCAGACGCCAUGAAUUUAUGUUUGAGUCUCAUCACACACGGCCACGAAGACACCGCCUUUCACAUCCUGAAGAGUUUCCCCACAUUGCAAAUGGACGUCGUCAGCCCAGACGCCCUAAACCUCGGCAACUUUUUCCUGAGACAUUGCGUCACCAUGGAAACGUCUUUAGAAAAAAUUGGGCAGUACUGUAAAGAGCUCCAAGAGUCCAGCCUGCACACGUCACCUCUGACCUUUGCGUUGUCCUGUGCUCUGGAAGCAAAGAAAACCGCCAUGUCUCUCGAGCUGAUGAAGAUGUUGAAAGUGCAGAACGUGCCGGUCAGACCUCACUUCUUCUGGCCGCUCCUCACGGCUCACCUCAAGGACAAAAACACGACGGGUGUUGUGGAGAUCGUUAAAUCCAUGCAGGACCUCGAUGUGGCUCCAGACGUGGAGACUCUUUCCACCUACGUUCUCCCUGCGUUCUCCAGCUCGCAGGAGGCCAAACAAGCGCUCAAGGAAUCCGGCGUCUCACUGGAGUCAGAAGGGUUCCUGUUUUCAGAGAUCCGCUCGCUGGCCGUCCGAGACCUGGCCGGGCUUUACACUUUACUGUCCGACGCCUCGUUACCGACACCUGAACUCAUAACGUUCCGCGGGAGCCUCAUCACCGGAUUCAGAAAGUCAGAUGAUUUGGAGAGCAUGGUCAAGAUUACCGAGCUGUUGUUCCAGGACGAGAGGUUGUACGGGGAAAACGUCAAACCCGCUGAAGCGGGAGCAUUCUUUUUGUACAACCUGAUUGAAAACAUGCCAGAGAAGGAGUUACAGGCGCAAGAAGACAAACUGAGGAAGUACUUCAGUCAGCUCCGACAACAGAACAUCACAGUCUCCGCAAACAUCUACAGAGGCAUCAGGAACCUUUUAGAAGCUCACCAUGUUCCCGAGCUCAUCAAAGAUGUGCUCACUUUGGUGGAUCCUAAAGUUUCCAGUGGAUUAGCUCAAGAUGUUCCUCGUGCCUCUGAAAGUGACAACAGGCUGAUGGCUUUGGAGAAGAAAAUGCAAGAACUGAAAUCUUUGAAUAAACCCGUGGACCAGACACUGAAGCAGAUCUUGCAGGUUCUCUCGGUUGAGGAGAACCUGCAGCGCGCUCUGGAGCUAAAGCAGCAGCACGAGGAGGACAUGACCACCGCAGCGUACGCCGUCCUCAUCAACCUCUGCUGCCGCCAUGACAACGUGGAGGAAGCGCUCAACCUGAAGAGGGAAAUGAGCCGAAGGGACUCGUCUGUGGCCCUUGAUGCAAAUAAAUACAUCGCUCUGGUGAAAACUCUCUCUAAGAACGGCAAAGUGGAAGAGGCAGUGGACAUCCUGAAGGAGAUGAAGGAGAAGGACGUGGUGCUGGGAGACCCUCAGGUCACGAUGCUGUUCCACACACUGGGCUCUCUGGUGGCCAAAGGAGGACCUGACACCAUCCGACGCCUCCAGGAGACCAUCUUUACUCUGGGACUGGCCAAGCCCACAGCCAACCUCUGCUCUCCGCUCAUCACGGCCUAUCUGGACAGUAAUGACCUCUCCGGGGCUCUGGACGCCGCGAUCGAGUGUCAGCAACGCUACAAACAUCUCCCGCGAAUCCAUGACAUCAUCGUGGGACUGGUGCAGCAGGGCGACACGGAACAGCUCCAGAAAGCCAUGGACUUCGUGAGUCAGGAGCGAGGAGAGAUGACCAUGUUGUACGAUCUUUUCUUUGCCUUUUUGCAGACGGGACGCUACCGUGAGGCUCGGAAAAUCAUUGAGACUCCGGGGCUGAGAGCGAGACCUGGACGUCUGCAGUGGUUUGCUGAGAAAUGCAUUUCCUCAAACCAGAUGGAGGCCUUGGAACAAAUGGUAGAAAUUACGCCAAAGCUGUUUGAGUGCGACAGAGACGAGAUGUACACUUAUGUGCUCCGACUCUGCAAGGACACAAAUGACUGGCAAAAGGCCGAAGCCAUGUGGACAAAGAUGCAGGAGGAGAACGUGAUUCCCAGAGAAAGGACUUUGCGUCUCUUGGCAGACAUCUUGAAGAAUAAUGGCCAAGAGGUCCCGUUUGAGGUGCCCCAGACCUGGUACGAACGCUCCGUCUCCGAAAAGAAGAGCAGCUCCACGGCGUCUCACUCGGCCGAUAACGACACUGACUAUAAUGUGAAAGUGCUCGCUCUGUGCAAAAAAGGCAAAGCAAAAGAGGCCUAUGGUAUUUUCAAAGACAUGAACAAAAAGGGUUUGGCGCUUGCUCCUGCCUCAUACGAUCAUCUGAUUCGUACACUGCUGGCGGAAGGAGCCAUGGAGGACGCGAUGGCGGUGAAAGACAUUGCGAUAUCCCACAUCCACUCGUUCAAACUGAGUGACAUCGCAACAAACCUCCUCAUUAUCACUCAAAGCAAAAAGGGGCAAGUGGAAGACGCACUCCUGAGUCUUAAGUCGAUGCUCCAGGCCGAGCACGUGCCGUCUAAACUCGCCGUCACCCGAUUGGUCCAGGCCUUGGGUAGCCACGGCGACGUUGACGGUAUCCGAGAGGUGGAGACGAUCAUGAAGGGGCUCAACGCACCGCUCAACCUGUCGAGUAUGGUCUUUGUCAACAAUACCGCGCUGGCUCAUAUCAAGAACGGUGACCUGGAAUCGGCUGCGGACGUCGUGGAGUCGGUUUAUAACAGUCCAGAAAACGCUUCGCUCAGUAUGUCCUUUGUCUUCAGAAAAGUCUUAGAAGAUGGAAAUGACAAGGCCUUUGACAAACUGACCGCCACGGCUGAGCGACUCGCCAAUCACUUCGCCUGCUACAGACCAGCGGCCGACAUAUUCAUCCAACUCCUGGAUAUGGACAAAGUGGAGGACGCCAAGUUCAUGCUGGCUCGCUGUAACGCAGUGGCAGAACAGAAGAACAUCCUGGUGUCGUUUGUUUCCAAAAAGGCUCAGACUCCUGGACAGCUGGUCAAGAUAAAGACUCUGAUGAACCUGAUUCCUGACUUCACGGAGAAGGAAGUGCUGUAUCCGUACCUGAUGAAGUGCCACGUUCUGGAUAAGGACUUGGAGUCGGCUAAAGCUCUGCACGAGCAGAUGCAGAAGGAGGGAGUGGAGGUGGACGAGCUGUCACUCAAACGAUUGGCGUUGCUGUACCGCCAGGCUGGAGAAACUGUGCCCUUCACCGAGCCCCCUGAGUCGUUUAAAUUUUACGCCGACAAACUGAGGCUUUCCAGAUCACAGACAACAGAAGAAUAAAGACUUGUCCCUCGUAUUCUGACAUUUGUUCUUUUUUUUUUUUUUACCUCAUUUGAAAUAGUAUUGUGUCAAUGUUCCACUGUCUAAAAGUGAUAAAUGAAAACUGUUGAGGCUGUACAUACAUAUUUAUGCAAAUAAAUGUUACAAUUGGAACCGUC